AUGCCAUCUGAUUUCUCUCCGUCAGACAAAGGACGUCAAAAACUAUUACUUUCGUCACGUGACUGGGAAACACUUCCUACAGAUCGUGGUUUACGAAAAGAAACAACAAAUUUAUCACGACCUGGCACUGAGCGUGCUGUCGCACAACGAAGCCGACGUACAAAUCAAGAAUAUUCAUCUGAUGAAUCGAGUAGUGGCGAUGAUGACGAUGAAGAACAAUUGUUAGAAAGAACAAGACAAGAUCAAACAGAUUUACCAACAGAAUAUUGGCAAAUUCAACGUUUAGUGAAAUAUUUGAAGGGUGGAAAUCCUACGGCUACAGUAAUUGCUCUAUCAAGUAUAAGAGAUUUUAAUUUAUCAACCGAAACAUGUCAGUUGGCCAUUCGGGAUGUUGGAGGUUUAGAAGUUUUGGUUAAUCUACUCGAUACAGACGAUAUUGAUUGCAAAAUCGGUUCAUUGUACAUAUUAAAGGAAAUCUCUCAAAAUCCCUAUAUAAGACGAAAUAUUGCCGAUUUAGGUGGUUUACAAACAUUGGUCAAAUUAUUGGAUGAACCGGAUAAAGAUUUAAAAUGUCUUGCAGCUGAAACAAUCGCACAUGUUGCCAAAUUCAAACGUGCAAGAAAAGUUGUACGUCAAAAUGGUGGAAUUAAACGACUAGUAGCUUUGUUGGAUAAUGCUCCGAUUCAUGGUCAAUCAACAACAACUGAAACUAGUAAAAAUAUUGAAGUUGCUCGUGCUGGUGCUUUAGCACUUUGGAGUUUAAGUCGUAGUAAUCGAAAUAAACAUGCUAUGAGACGUGCCGGUGUUAUACCAUUACUGGCAAAAUUAUUAAAAAGUUCACAUGAAAACAUGUUAAUACCAAUUGCAGGUACAUUGCAAGAAUGUGCGUCAGACUCAAGUUAUCGUACAGCUAUUCGAACAGAAGGAAUGAUUAAUGAUUUGGUCAAAAAUUUAUUAAGUACAAAUGCUGAAUUACAAAAACAUUGUGCUAGUGCAAUUUUCAAGUGUGCUGAAGAUAAAGAAACACGAGAUUUAAUUCGAAAGUUUCAUGGUUUACGACCAAUUCAUGAUCUGUUACAAAAAUCGGAUAAUAAAGCGUUAUUGGCAGCUGCUACCGGUGCAAUAUGGAAGUGUUCAAUAUCCGAAGAAAAUAUUGCUCAAUUUCAAGAAUUUAAAACAAUUGAAGCAUUGGUACAAUUGUUAAAUAAUCAACCAGAAGAAGUUUUGGUUAACGUUGUUGGCGCAUUAGCCGAAUGUGCUAAAAUUCCUGAAAAUCGAACAACAAUACGAAAAGCUGGUGGUAUAUCGCCGUUAGUCAAUUUAUUAACAGGAACAAAUCAUCAUUUAUUAGUUAAUACAUGUUUGGCAUUACGACAAUGCGCAGAAGAAUUUGAAAGUAUUGGAAUGAUUGAUCGACUUGAUGGUGUACGUCUAUUAUGGUCCCUUUUAAAAAAUCAAAAUUUACGUGUACAAGCUGCAGCAGCAUGGGCUAUUUGUCCAUGUGUUAAAAAUAUAAAGGAUUCUGGUGAAAUGGUUCGAAGUUUUGUUGGAGGUCUUGAAUUAAUUGUUUCAUUAUUGAAAUCAAAAGAUGUCGAAGUUUUAGCGAGUGUUUGUGCAGCACUAGGAGAAAUAGCAAAAGAUGAAGAAAAUUUAGCUGUUAUCACAGAUCACGGUGUGGUUAAGCUAUUAUCAAAUUUAGCACCAAAGAAUGAAGAUUUACUUCGGCGUCAUUUAGCUGAAGCAAUUGCUGAAUGUUGUAAAUGGGGCAAUAAUCGUAAAGCGUUUGGUGAAAAUAAUGCUGUUGCACCAUUAGUUCGAUAUUUAAAAUCAUCUGAUCCAAAUGUACAUCGAUCAACGGCUAAAGCUCUUCAUCAAUUAUCAAAAUAUCCAGCAAAUUGUGUAACAAUGCAUGAAGCCGGUGUUGUACGAUUAUUGAUGGAAAUGGUUGGAUCAAGUGACGACUCGUUGCAAGAAAAUGCUGCUGGUUGUAUAUCUUAUAUUCGUCGAUUAGCAUUAGCAAAUGAAAAAUCAAAGUUUGGAUAA